AUGAGUGGAAACUUCCUAGCACCAAAAGUACUCUUUAACACCCACUUUGAUACGGUACCCCCAUUCAUUCCGCCAACAGAAGAUGCAGAAAAGAUUUAUGGCAGAGGAUCAAGUGAAGCUAAAGGGCAGUUAGCCUGCAUGAUUUCUGCAGCUCAAGCGCUUGCCGAAUCGAAUCCAGACAUUGCGGAAAAACUUGCUCUUCUCAUCGUUGUUGGUGAAGAGAUUGAUCAUAUCGGAAUGCAGAAAGCCAACGAGUUUACUGCCCUAAAACCAGACUAUCUAGUUGUUGGUGAACCAACGGAACUGAAAUUUGGCACUAUCCAAAAAGGUGCACUGAAGGUUGUUGUGAGAUGCAAGGGAAAGGCAGGACAUUCCGGCUAUCCGUCAGAAGGUGAAAGUGCUAUUCACAAAUUGAUUCCCAUUCUCAAUGAUGUUUUGAACUAUGAGUGGCCCAGCGACGAGAAAAAUGGCAAAUCAGAAAAUUUUGAUUUUAUAGGAGCCACAACUGUGAACAUAGGAAUUAUUGAAGGAGGACAGGCACAAAAUGCUUUCGCAGAACAUGCAGAAGCCAGAAUUUUUGUUAGAGUAACUACAUCAGUCGCUGACAUCCAAAAGAAGCUGGAAGACAUUGUGGCAGGGGCUGAUCAUCUUGCAGCUCUCAUUCGCUGCUUCUCCCUUUUACUGAAUUACAUAUUCAUUCCAGGCCGUGCUGCUAUCGAAGUACUUUCUUAUAAUGAACCUGUUAUACUGGAUGGUGCCCCAUUACCGUAUCCUACCGACCAGGUUGCCUUCAACACGGAUCUAGCUUAUUACUCAAAACUUUCCUCGUUAAAAGGAAAAUACUUGUUUGGAGCAGGAUCCAUCAAAGUUGCUUUCUCGCAGGGAGAAUUUGUGCCGAAAAAAGAGCUAAAUGCAUGUAAAGAGGCUCUCAUUGCAUUGGCCAUCAAGUUGUGCUCCGAUGUUGAGAAAUUACUGAUGGAAUAUAUGAGUAUAGAAUCCACUACUGGAAAUGAAGCACCAACUUUGAUCUUCAAUACUCAUUUGGACACUGUACCUCCAUACAUACCUCCAACAGAAGACGAAAACAACAUUUAUGGUCGUGGUUCAUGUGAUGCGAAAGGGCAAAUGGCAUGCAUGGUAUCUGCAGCUCAAGCACUGGUAGAUUCUCAUACUGAAAUAGCCAAUCGGAUUGGGCUUCUACUCGUUGUAGGUGAAGAAUUUGAUCAUGUUGGAAUGCAAAAAGCCAACGAUUUUAAAAUGUUGAAUCCCGACUAUCUGGUAGUAGGAGAACCAACAGAGAUGAAAUUCGCAACUAUUCAGAAGGGUGCGUUAAAGGUUGAUAUUAAAUGUAAAGGAAAAGCUGGCCACUCUGGUUAUCCUUCAGAAGGCGAGAGUGCCAUACAUAAGCUGAUUCCUAUUCUUAAUGAUAUACUCAAUUACGAAUGGCCAACCAACGAUUUUAAAAUGUUAAAUCCCGACUAUUUGGUAGUAGGAGAACCAACAGAGAUGAAAUUUGCAACUAUUCAGAAGGGUGCGUUAAAGGUUGAUAUUAAAUGUAAAGGAAAAGCUGGCCACUCUGGUUAUCCUUCAGAAGGCGAGAAGGAGGAUAGGAAAAGAUUGGAAAAAAUUGUCGCAGGUAAAACUUUCUGCAGUAACUCAUUUUCUUCGGAAUUUGAUCCCGGUCGAGCAGAGAUUGAAUUGUUAUCGUAUAACGAGCCCGUCACACUAGACGGUGCUCCACUGGAUUAUCCAACCGAUCCAGUUGCCUUCAACACUGAUCUGGCCUAUUAUUCAAAGCUUUCCUCAUACUUAUUUGGAGCUGGAUCUAUCAAAGUGGCGCAUUCAGCGAGAGAAUUCGUCCCGAAAAAGGAGCUUCAUGCUUGUAAAGAUGCUCUGAUAGCUUUAGCUCUCAAAUUGUGUUCUUAG